UCUCGUGAUAGGGUUUGAGCGGCGCUCUCUCUAGAACCUGUAGAAUAGUGCGUCCCUUUCUCUGUUUAGGUGAUUGUGUAUCCUCUGCUCUCCCAUCUCUCCGGGGUAGUGGUAGGGUGGUCCUGGUCCGUAUUAAUCCGUCUGGUUCUGUGCUUUGUUGUUUCCCAUAUGGAGGAAGUGGAAAGCAUGUGGAAGAAACUUUCUCUGUCGGAGGAAGAGGAACAGGGGUUUGAGGUUCCCAAGUCACCUGGGAUUUCAAGCUCGCUGCUAGCCGGUAAAUUCCUAACGCACCGUUCGAUAAACAAAGAGGCGGUGAUCAGAACCUUCAGGCCGUUGUGGCGCACUCGAAAACCGUUUCGAACCCAUGAGAUGGGUGAUAAUAAAUUGGUGUUUGAAUUUGAAAAUGAUGUUGAUCUGGAAAGGGUCAUGGAGUACGAACCAUGGACCUUUGAUAAGCACUUGGUUCUUUUUCAAAGGAUUGAAGACUCCACAACUAUCUCGUCCCUCUCUUUCAAUGAGUGUGCUUUUUGGAUCCAGAUACAUAAUCUCCCCAUCAAAAGCAUGACUCCUGAACUUGGAAUGUCCAUAGGCAAAUCCUUAGGCAGAGUUCUUUGUGUUUCUGAAACUAAUGAGAAUGCCUCGAUUGGUCGUUCCCUACGUGUUCGUGUUUCCAUAAACGUGACUAAGCCGUUGAGCAGGGGGAGGAAACUUUGGGAUAAGGGCGUUGAAGUUGGCUGGGCUUCCUUCCGGUACGAAAGACUCCCUAACUUUUGCUACUGGUGUGGUAGCUUGCUGCACGAAGACAGGGAGUGUGACUUGUGGCUCAGCAAAAGGAACAAGUCCUCACUUGAGAAAGGUCAGUUUGGCCCAUGGAUGAGAGCUGAAGUGAACCUUGCUGGCCGUAAGCCAUGGAACUCUCCAUCGGUGCCGGAACGUGGAGAUGUUUCGCCUCCUCAUCAAAGUAUAGCUCCACCAACUUUGAAAAGUCCUACUCCUCUGCCUUCUGGCACGGCAGUCGAGGUUGCACCUACCGAGACCACCCACCCCAAAAAGGCUAGCAUGGUUGUGGCGCCUGAAAGUAGUGUACACGUUAAGCCUCUGCAGAGUAACCCGGAAAGUUUUGAAAAGACUUUACUGUUGAUUGACAGAGAACUGGGAUUGGCUGCGGAUCUUGUGUCCCCGUGUGAGAAACACUCAGAGGCUGUAAUUAAUGUAGGAAAAAUUUCCCCCUUGAACUUUCCCGCGUGUGAAGAUGCCAAGCAUAGUCCCUCUGCUUGCAUUAUAUUGGACCGUGAUUGUGGGCCGAAGAGGGAAGAUGGGCCGAACAACACUUUUACUUCUUCUACUGGUUGCUUAAGACCCCCACUCCAGGACGUCUCUAAUGUUAUUGGACCUAAGAGCAAGCCUAAGUCUCCAAGUCAAGGUACGUGGACUCGUUUAAUUAGGCAGCCCAAUAAUAAUUCUUUAGAUGAGAAUAUGGGUGAUUCAAAUAGGGUGAGGCCCGUUUCUGAAGAGUCUGAACCCCAUGCAAAAAAACGCAGAGCGUCCCUUCCAGUGGUCUCUAAUGAAACAAAAUCUCCUUUGGCGUUGGCUGAUGCUCAGCCACGCCAGUCAUCAUGAAUUGUCUAAGUUGGAACUGCCGCGGGCUUGGGAUCCGGCGGCGAGUUCGAGAGCUUUCUGACAUUGUGAGAGCAAAAGGCCCCACCCUAGUUUUCCUGAUGGAAACCAAAAAAAAUAAGCUGUACAUGGAGAAGCUUCGUUGCCGUCUAAAAUUUGAUAAUAUGUUCCUUGUUCCUAGGAGGAACCUCAGUGGCGGUUUAGCCCUGUUUUGGAUGAAUGAGCUUGACCUUCAUAUUCGCACCUUCUCCCCUCAUCACAUUGAUGCAGUGGUAAAUCCAAGAAUUGAUGACGCCUGGCGGUUUACGGGAUUCUACGGAGCCCCGGAGACAGUCAACCGGGAAGAUUCUUGGUCCCUGCUUCGCCACCUCAGCACCCAAACUAGUCUUCCCUGGGUUUGUAUCGGUGAUUUCAACGAAAUCACAAGGCUGGAUGAGAAGUCUGGGGGGCCCUUAAGAUCGGAUAAACAGAUGCAGGGCUUUAGAGAUUGCCUUGAUUUUUGUGGUUUCAAAGACAUUGGGUUUUCUGGGUUGCCCUUCACCUGGUGCAAUAAUAGGUUCGAUGGUCCUCUGGUUUGGGUCCGGUUAGACAGAGCUGUGGCUUCAGCUGAGUGGUUGAUCUUGUUCCCUUCUGUUCGGCUACAUCAUUUAUCCGGUUAUUCUUCCGACCAUAAACCUAUCUGGUUAUGCUCCGAUGAUGUGCAUUGUCGUUUCUACCGCCCUCAAAGGCCCUUCCGUUUCGAAGAGAUGUGGACGAAGGAUGAGAGAUGUGAAAAUGUGGUCCACGCUGCCUGGGAUGUGUGCUUAGUCGGUGAUCCCAUGAGUCAAGUGCUUCAGAAGGUUAGUAACUGUCAAACUCAACUGCUUUCAUGGAAUAAAAAUGUGUUUGGCAAUAUUAAGGGGUCCCUAAUCCACAAAAGAAAGUUGUUGGCUAAGGCGGAAGUAGAAGCUAUUUCUGGCCAGGGUACUUGCCAGGUCAAAGUCCUCAGAGAGGAAAUUAACAACUUGCUGGAAUUAGAAGAGUGCAUGUGGGCUCAGAGAGCCAAAACUGAUUGGCUCAGGUAUGGCGAUCAAAAUUCGAAAUAUUUUCAUUGCCGGGCUACUGAGAGGAACAAGAAAAAUUUCAUUUCUGGUCUUGAAGACGACCAAGGUAUUUGGGUGGAGGGUGAGAACAAUGUGGGUGAGCUUCUUAAUGAGUUCUACUCCUCUCUGUUUUCCUCGUCCUAUCCUACUGAGUUCAAUGAGGUUCUUCAAGGUGUGGAGUCCCGGGUCACCCUGGAAAUGAAUGCGGACCUCCUCCGUCCUUUUAUGGCUUCUGAAGUCCAGACCGCUCUUGGGCAAAUGAAAGCGAACACAGCCCCUGGCCCAGACGGACUCCCACCCCUUUUCUACAAACAAUACUGGUCAAAAAUUGGCCCUGAUGUGUCCGAUGCUGUCUUGGGUGUGCUGAACUCAGGUAACCUUCCAAAUGCCCUUAACCACACUUUCCUUACUCUUAUUCCUAAAAUUAAAUGUCCUAGGCGUGUAACGGAUUUUAGGCCCAUUAGCCUGUGCAAUACUCUGUAUAAACUUAUUUCAAAGGUGCUUGCUAACCGCCUAAAAAAGUUUCUCCCUCAGCUGAUUUCGGAAUCUCAGAGCGCCUUCUUAUCAGGCCGCCUCAUAACUGAUAAUAUUCUAAUAGCUCAUGAGACUCUCCAUUACCUAAAGUCCAAGCACUCCGGUAAGCAAGGGCUGAUGGCUCUGAAGCUCGAUAUGAGCAAAGCCUACGACCGGGUCGAAUGGGAUUUCUUGGAUAAAAUCAUGGCUAAAAUGGGCUUUAGCAGUAGGUGGAUUGCUCUCAUUUCUAUGUGUAUUAGAUCUGUUUCCUACUCUAUUCUGCUAAAUGGUCAACCGCAGGGGCUUAUUUCUCCUCAGAGGGGCCUCCGUCAAGGCGACCCGCUAUCGCCUUACCUUUUUUUGUUAAUCACUGAAGGGCUGCAUGGCCUCUUGCGAGUAGCUGAAGAUUUGGGCAGAUUGAGAGGCGUAUCCCUUUGCCCGGCUGGCCCCCGGAUUUCACACCUUCUUUUUGCGGACGAUAGUCUCAUUUUUUGUCGUGCCUCCAUUGCUGACUGCAGGACUAUUCAAGAUAUUCUUCUAAAGUAUGAAAGGGCUUCUGGUCAAAACAUUAAUCGGGGAAAAACCAACCUGUUUUUCAGCUCCAACACUCCCGCCCAAAUGCAGACUGAGAUCAUAACUCUGUUGGCUAUUCCCGCUGUCCAGCGAUAUGAGCAAUAUCUUGGUCUUCCUUCCUUGGUUGGCCGGGAAAAAAAGAAAUCGUUCAGUAUGAUUAAAGAAAGGAUUUGGAAGAAGCUUAAGGGUUGGAAAGAAAAAUUAUUGUCCCAAGCGGGACGGGAGAUCUUAGUCAAGGCGGUAAUCCAGGCGAUCCCCACUUAUACCAUGUCAUGUUUCAAAAUGCCGAAAGGUCUUAUCUAUGAAAUCGAAUGCUUGAUCAGAAAAUUUUGGUGGGGCUACCGGGGUGAGCAGAAAAGAAUCCACUGGAUCAGUUGGGAGAAGUUAUGCCUUCCUAAGAAGGAGGGAGGGAUGGGUUUCAGGGAGCUCAGCAGAUUUAAUGACUCUCUCCUUGCUAAACAAGUGUGGCGACUCAUAAACAAUGAGGAUUCUUUGUUUCAUAGGGUCUUCAAGGCUAAAUUCUUCCCGAACUGCUCAAUUAUGGAGGCCAACAGCUCAAGCAAAGGGUCCUACGCCUGGAAAAGCAUUGCUCAAGCUCGUCGGGUUAUUGAGUUGGGCUCGGUUUGGCGUGUGGGAGAUGGUAAGUCCAUAAAAAUCAGGGGUGAUAAAUGGUUACCAAGCUUGCACAGCAGCUGUAUUGUGUCCCCUAUCUCGUCCCUUUGCCCUUCCUCUACAGUGAGUGCCUUGAUUGACGAAGAUUCCCACACCUGGAACGUGGAUCUGAUUAAGAAUGAAUUCCUAACCCAUGAAUCUGAAAUCAUCUUGGGCAUUCCGCUGAGCAUUCACAAUUCCUCGGAUAAACAAGUUUGGCUCCCAUCAAACCAGGGCGUGUUCUCAACCCGCAGUGCUUAUAGGCUCCUUUCUUCAACUGAGAGACUUACUCUUCCUAAUUGUUCGGACUCAGCAAGGGGUAGUCAAAUGUGGAAUGGUAUUUGGUCCCUUCAUGUCCCGCACAAGGUCAAGCAUCUACUGUGGAAGGCAGCCAAUGAGGCAAUCCCUACCCUAUUCAAUCUUUGGAGAAGGCAUGUGGUCCAAUCGGUUUCUUGUCCAGGCUGCAAAUCUGAUUGUGAGGAUACUAUUCAUGCUCUGUGGGGCUGCCCUGCUCUAAGGAUUAUCUGGGAAGCUGAUGGCCUAAGUAAAAAUUUGCUUAAGCAUAAGCUUUCAAAAUUUGCAGACCUCCUUGAGCUGUUUUUCUCGGUCCGUGGUAGUGCCAAUCUGGAUCUUCUUGCUGUGAUUUUCUGGCUGAUCUGGGAGAAAAGAAAUGCUGAUCGCCUGCAGAAUAACUCGUUUGGCUAUCACGAAGUCAGACCCAAGGCCAUCCGGUUCCUUCAUGACUUCUCGGCUGCUCAGGUUCUGCACAAUUCCCAUUCCCCUGCCGUGUCUGUGGGGCGUGUCAGGUGGCGCCCUCCCAUCUCCCCGUGCUACAAAGUGAACUACGACGGAGCGAUCUUCAAAGAAAUUGGGGCGGCUGGGUUGGGUGUGGUCAUCCGGGAUGCUCAAGGUAAUGUAAUCGGGGCCCUUGCAGAGAGAAUUCCCCUUCCCCUUACUGUUGCCACGGUUGAAGCUCUUGCAUGCAGAAGAGCUGCCCUGUUUGCUUUGGAACUGAGCAUUUUCGACGCUACUUUUGAGGGAGACUCUUUGAUUGUGACAUCGGCUCUGUGUGGAGGUGAAACGAAUCAUCCCGAGUUCGGCCUUGUUUUGUCGGACUCCCUGCUUCUGGCUCGCAGUUUCCGCUCUUGUAACUUUGUGCAUGUAAAACGUUUAGGCAAUUUAGUUGCCCAUUAUCUUGCUAGAAUGUCUAAGUCUGGUAAUGAGCUUAAGGUCUGGAUUGAAUCCGUUCCUAGCGAAAUAGCUCCUCUGGUUUCUAAUGACGUUUUGUAGGCUCUGUUUUCGUUC